AUGGGUACCUGCUACGAAAAAAAGACGGAGUCGGCAAAUGUCAAUUGCGAUGUCGUACACACCUUUACGUCUUCCAACCCUCAUCGAACUCAGAUUCAAACCAUCACCAUCACGAUGAAGAGCCUCGUCAACUGCCCUGGCUCAGGAGUCAAGGUCAAGAUUGAGUCUGACGCCCCCAUCCCCGAACCCAGCGCCAAGCAAGUCCUUAUCAAGGUCGUCGUCUCCGGCUCUAACCCCAAGGACUGGAAAGUGCCAGAAUUCGCCGCUGGCUACGAUGGCCCCGACGACGACUCAAUAAUGGCAAAGGGCAAGAGGGAUGUAAACCAGGGCGACGAUAUUGCAGGGAUAGUGGAAAAGGUUGGCAAGGAUGUUGUUGAGUUCAAGAAGGGAGACCGCGUCGCAGCUUUCCAUGAGAUGGGCGGGCCUGGAGGUUCAUACGCAGAGUAUGCACUUGCGUGGGAUUGGACGACUUUCCAUAUCCCUGCCGAAAAGUCUUUUGAAGAAGCUGCAACGAUACCACUCGCGAGCCUUACCGCCGCCGUAGCUGUAUUCCGCAACCUCAAACUCCCCACACCCUGGAAUCCCGCAACUACUUCUACACCUUUUGUGGUUUACGGUGCCAGUUCGGCUGUCGGCUCCUUCGCUAUCAAGCUUGCACGCAAUAGCAACGUUCACCCCAUCAUCGCGAUUGCAGGAAAGGGCUCGCACUACGUCGAAACGCUUUUGGAUAGCAGCAAGGGCGAUAUUGUCAUUGACUACCGCAUUGGUGCUGACGAAAUGAUAAGCAAGAUUCGCGCACACCUCAAGGCAGGCAACUACAGUGAAUUGCGACACGGGCUUGACCCUGGCAUCGGGCUUCCGAGCCAGAAGGUGUUGACAGAGGUCGUCGCAUCUGAUGGAUCAAUCGAUCUUAUUCUGCCGAGUGACUGGGACGUUGGGUCUUCGCAGACCAAGACAAAAACAUCAGUCGGCACUGUUCAUAACCAGGACAAUGGCGCUCAUGGCGAAAAGCAGAAGCACUUCGCCAAAGGCUACGAAGGGGCGAGGAGACCAAUUGACUACAUCACUGGCACAUACGUAAUGUUCUCAUCCGGUUACCUCAGAUUCUACGUCGAGGAGAUGGACCCCAGCGAUUUCUCCGAUACACUCGAUGAUUGGCAGGAUGUUGGAACCAUAGAGAUCCGCCCAGGAGCCAUGAAGCUCUACGAUGAAGAUCCCAACGAUGCCGUUGGAAUAGAGUGUUACCUUAUGGAUCAGCCAACUGAAGGGCUUACUAUAAGAUUGGACGAAACCCCAGACUUCGCAGACGAAGAUUAUUAUCGUGUCGACGUAAUUGGAGAUGCACGUGCUGACGCCUGCAUUACAUUUCUGGGUGAGGGUGUCAUUGAGUUGCGCCUCGACGGUCAAGCGCUAGAUGUCGAUGGUGCACCUGACGAGCGGAAUAGUCCUCUGGUUAAGUAUGAAAUGAACGUAGCUAGUCGGCGGUCCGUCAAGGUAAACCUUCUCGUCCGACCGAUUGGGGUUGACAGGCGCAGGCGCUUUGAUGACUUCGAUAUCGAGACGGCCAGCAAAGGGCUGGAGGUGCGAGAGGAUGAACUCGCGUGGCGUUUUGAUAUGGGUUGUUGGGAGUACUUCGGCAAACUGCGUGAUGCCGAACGCGACGAGGAUGCUUAUAAUGCCAGCGUCAUGGCUAAAGUCCAGAUUGAGGUUUUGGUCUAUGGGAAAGGUGACGGUGUUGUUAUCAAGGGUGAUGUUGAUCUGAGCGGAAGGGGAAGUGAUGACAUGGUGUUGCAUGCGAGCGAGGACUUCUUCAACGUAGCCUGA